AUGAUAUUUUAUUCUUUUGCUAAAGUGAAACAUACUUCUCUUGUCGCCUCAUGGUUUAAGAAUCCUGGUCAUACCAGAUCUCUUCAUGCUUCCGUUAGGUAUCUCACUGAAAGUAAACUAAAUAAUGUUCCUAUCGAUCGUACAAGGAAUAUUGGAGUGAUUGCUCAUAUCGAUGCGGGAAAAACUACAACGACGGAAACAAUGUUAUACUACAGUGGAGAGACCCGGCGUAUUGGAAAAGUCGAUGAUGGUGAUACGGUGACAGAUUAUCUACCUUCAGAAAGAGAAAGAGGUAUAACAAUUCAACUGGCUGCCAUUUCUAUUCCGUGGAACAACAAAAAAAUCAAUAUAAUAGACACCCCUGGUCAUGCUGACUUUUCCUUUGAAGUUAUUCGGUCGCUUAGAGUUUUAGACGGUGCCAUCACUAUUUUCGAUGCCGUGGCCGGUGUAGAAGCACAAUCAGAGAAGGUAUGGAAGCAAGCAGCUUCUCUUGAAAUACCACGCAUUGCUUAUAUUAACAAAAUGGAUAGGGUGGGAGCAGGAUUCAGUCGUACUGUGCGUGAAAUGAUUCAAAAGUUACAAACAAGAGUUGUUCUAUGCAAUAUUCCAUAUUUUGAAAAGGACCAAGACAAUGAGUUACAAUUUAAAGGUGUUAUCGACGUAUUAAAUAAAAAAAUCUUAAAGUGGAAAUCCUCAGAUGAUACAGGAAAUCAGAUAGAAGUUGUGGAUUUAGAAAAGAGUCCAACUGAGUAUGAGGAGCAACUUAUGAUGAUUCAAAAAUGUCGUGAAUCCAUGAUUGAAACGCUAGGAGAGAUUGACGAUGAGGUUGUGGAUGAAUUUUUGAACCAUAAUGAAGAUUACAUGCAGAUAUCGGCUACAUUUUUAACUAAAGCUAUAAAAAGGGCAACUAUCUCGAAUCUUUUGACCCCAGUGUUUUGUGGUUCUUCAUUUAAGCACAUUGGAGUUCAACCACUUAUGGAUGCGGUGGUUAACUUCCUACCCUCUCCUUUGGAGAUAAAAUUGCCGGAAGUUAAGUCCUCAACUUCAAAACUUUCUAGAAGCAAAAAAAAGAAGCAGCUCACCGCUGACGUUCAAAUGGAUGUACCCAUAAUUCUUGAUUCAAAAAAAGGUUUAAUUUUUAACAAAAACCCUAACUUAACAGUUGCAUUAGCAUUUAAGGUAAUGACACAUGCUACUAGAGGGGUCCUUACUUUCUUUAGGGUUUACAGCGGAAAGCUUAUGUCGAAUACAACGGUUAUCAACACAAGAACAGGAAAAAAGCUACACUUUAAAAAACUAUUACUCAUGCACGGAGAGGACCCAGAAACAGUUCCAUAUAUAAGCUCAGGAAACAUUGGUGUGAUUGCUGGUACUGAGGAUGACAUUAUCACUGGUGAUACUCUUGUUUCUCAUGGUGCUCUCAAUAAACUGUUUUCACCUAUGGAGUCAAAUUUGAAAUUAUUACCGAUAGAAAUUCCUCCCCCACUCUUCAACUCAAGCAUUGAGCCACUCACAGCUGGAGAUGAAAGAUAUAUCAAGUCUUGCAUAGCUGUCUUAAUAAGGGAGGAUCCGUCAUUGAAAGUUAGCGAGGAUGAAGAUUUGGGGCAAACGACUUUAAGUGGAAUGGGAGAGCUUCAUUUAGACAUUAUAAAAGAGAGAUUAAUCAGAGAUAUGAAAGCGAAUGUACGCUUUCGAGAUGUUGCGGUUUCCUAUAAAGAGUCACCUUAUAAACCGAACAACCAAAAGACAACUGAACGCUCAGAUGAAACUAGUGUUUCUGUGACAGUCGAGCUAGACUCUUUUGAAGGUGAGGCGGUAGACUCUAUGUUUUCAGAAGAAGAUGGUGCUUACAUCUUUCCACAUGAAAAUAAUAUUGUAAUUUUAGAGCCAUCGGCAACUCCGAAUUCGAUGAUGCAAGCAAUGACGGAAAGACGAUGGAAGUCUGAUCAUUCUUUAGAGGACUUACAGGAGACACUAAUUCAAGGCUGCUUAACAGCUUUGCAGCUUGGGGGCCCCAUCUUGAGUCUUCCUUUGCAUUCUACAGUUGUAAGAAUCAAAGCAUGGAAUUUUCCAGUAUUUGAUAAAACGUACAAUUCUUCAUUGCUAAUGGAGGCCGCUAGAAAAGCGGUCAGUAGCAAUAUACACAAUCAUAAAGAAAAUGCAUUUUCUAUCUUGGAACCGAUAAUGGUUACCAGGAUUUUCGUUAACUCAGAUGUUUUGGGAGAUGUUGUUCAUGAUCUUACUCAUAAACGACAUGCAAUAAUCAUAUCUAUUGAUGAUGAGCACUCUGAUAAUUUAGAAAACUUAACAUGGGCUUCAAAAGAAUCCGAACGUAUCUAUUUACCACCUGAUUACACAAUGUCGUCCAAUAACAUUAUGUCUGAGCUUAGUAGCAAAAAAGUCAUCACAGCUCACACACCUUUACGUGAGAUGGUUGGCUAUUUGUCUAAAUUACGCUCAAUGACCCAGGGAAGAAGCGACUUCAGUAUGACGUAUCUUGGAAUGAGAAGAGCUCUUCAGUCUAGAUUAGCGACUCUUGUUGAAGAGACUAAAAUAGUCUAG